UGGAUAUUUGUUUAUUUAAACAUCCAUGCCAAUAAAGCCCUUAAAAAUGAAAAUGAACACAUUAAAACGUCACCAACCCUUACACCAAGUGCUUGAUUUGGUUUGUUCUGGAACCAUGUGACCAGCAAACACUUCCACCAAUCUCGUACUGACCAGAAAUCAGAAAGUGCUUUAAGUACACUCAGUUUCAAUCCUCAGUGUGACAGCUAGUUUCUAGGAGGAUGGAAUUUUGUUUUCUCUAACCACUAGAGGGUGGAUGGAUUCAAAGAUCUGAAUCCAGGCAAGGAUCACCAGAGGUCUUUGCUGUAUGUAAAAGAUGUCUGAAACAUUAAUGAGGAAGCUGCUUAAGCCUGCAUUCUCGCUAAAAAUCAUUGCACACAAAUAAUUCAAUAGUCUGGGGGGAAAUAGUCCCUGGUGUGUUUGAUCCAUGCCCUCAUCAAAGGCUUUAACAAUAGAUUUAUGGGUUUAUAUAUAGCAUGUUGUCUAGUUUGUAAGUAAGAGUAUUGUUCAUCAGAGGAGGACUACAGCUCACUACCAUGUGAGCAUACGGUGCCCCUCAGUCUCAAAGCCAGCCUCUGCUCACGAUGCUGUGAUGGCAAAGGAGCAAAGAAUAGUGUAGUGAUUUUAAAAAUAUCACAGACCAGUGAGUGACUGUGUGAUGGCCGUGUUCAUCUUUUAUAUACAGUCUAUGUAUCUGACCCAAGCAAGAAACACAGUCUGACGUGCAUUUUAAAGCAAAUAAUAUCUGUAGACAUUUAAAUAGAUUGCUCUUACUCAUAACCACCGACUAGGAUUGCUCAAAGAAAAGUGCAUGCGCGCUGACAGCACUCUCUGUAUCGCCGGCGAAAGCUUUUAGUGGCGCGUUUGACUUUUGGCAUGUUAGAAAUAAAGUGUCAUCGGUAUUUGUCAUAUGUCAUGUGCGUGGGUUCUGACCAAAAAGUACCUUUCCCUCUCCGUGGCCUCAGGCUAUAUCCACACUAAUGCCUAACUGUUUUAGUCAUAUAAAGAGGCCCGGAGAGGUUACUAUACCAGUGAUUUCACACGGGAAAACUUUAAUAAAUUCUUAAAAAUUAAAAAAUCAACUCCUGGAAUGUCUUGGGGGUCGCUGGCUUUUUUGGUCAUUUUUCACAAUGAUCUUUUUAUCGCAGAGUUUUGAGUUUGAAAAGAACCCGAGUACCUCCAUCACGUUGUCGUAGCCACUCUGUAGUCGCCCACUCUCUCUCUCUCUCGUUCUUACCGGCAUACACCAGCCAAUCAGAAAGCUAGGAUUCCCCCCACCACCCCUACCCCGUCUCUCUCUCCCCCUCUCUCUCUCUUCUCUUGCACUGCCAGUCCACUGAAAGCGGUCCUCCUCCUCUCCUGUCACACACACACACACGCACACGCACGCUCACACACACACACACACACACACACACACACACACACACACACACACACACACACACACACACACACACACACCACUCAGUCCAGUCCAAACCCCCAGAAAAGCCGUGCUGAAUCCUCACACCGUCUGUCAGCAUGGGGAGCGCUUGUUUUUCCCGGGACUUUUGUUUGUUUAUCCUCCUCAUAAAUACUUGCGGGGUGAUGGGGAAUGCCGGACUGGCAGAUGUAGAUGAGUGCGCAGAAGGCUCAGACGACUGCCACAUCGACGCCCUCUGCCAGAACACAGCCAAAUCCUACAACUGCAUCUGCAAGCCUGGAUACAAGGGAGAUGGAACACAGUGCGAGGACAUGGACGAAUGUGAGAAUGACUACAACGGGGGCUGUGUCCACGAAUGCAUCAACAUACCAGGCAACUACAGGUGCAUGUGCUACGAUGGAUUCAUGCUGGCCCACGAUGGACACAACUGUCUGGAUGUGGAUGAGUGUCUGGACAACAACGGUGGAUGCCAGCAAGUGUGUGUUAACACCAUGGGGAGCUAUGAGUGUAUGUGCACAGAGGGCUUCUUCCUCAGUGACAACCAGCAUACCUGCAUCCACCGCUCUGACGAUGGAAUGAACUGCAUGAACAAGGACCAUGGCUGCGCCCACAUCUGCAGGGAAGCUCCAGGGAAAGGCGGCGUGUCGUGCGAAUGCCGUCCUGGCUUUGAGCUGGCCAAAAAUCAGAAAGACUGCACAUUGACCUGUAACUAUGGAAAUGGCGGUUGCCAGCACACAUGCAACGACACAGACACAGGGCCUGUGUGUGGCUGCCACCAGAAGUACGCCCUGCACUCAGACAGCAAGACCUGCAUUGAGAAAGAUGAGGCUGCAAUUGAGAGCUCUGAGUUCAAUGCCACGUCAGUAGCUGAUGUGGACAAGCGGGUGAAACGGCGGCUACUUAUGGAGACCUGCGCCGUCAACAACGGCGGCUGCGACAGGACGUGUAAAGACACAGCCACGGGGGUGCGUUGCAGCUGCCCUGUGGGAUUCACCCUCCAGCCUGAUGGCAAAACAUGCAAAGACAUUGAUGAAUGCCAGGAGAAUAACGGAGGCUGUGACCACUUCUGCCGAAACACUGUGGGCUCCUUUGAGUGCAGCUGCCAAAAAGGCCACAAACUUCUCACAGAUGAAAGGACAUGCCAAGACAUCGAUGAGUGCUCCUUUGAGAGAACCUGCGAUCACACGUGCAUCAACUACCCUGGCAGCUUUGAGUGCUUGUGCAACAAAGGAUACAUCCUGUACGGUCUCACUCACUGUGGAGAUAUCGAUGAGUGCAGCAUCAACAACGGCAGCUGUGAGAACGGUUGCAUAAACACCCAGGGCAGCUACGAGUGUGUGUGUCCACCCGGACAGAAGCUCCACUGGAACAAGAAAGAUUGCAUCGAGGGAGUGAAAUGUCUGCCCAAUGGGAAGCCAGCACCUCGAGCCCAGCUGACCUGCACCAAGAGCGGAGGAGCUGAGGUCUGCUCACUGUCCUGUCCCUCCAAUGCCCUCUUCCUCGCAGACUCAGAGAACAGCUACACACUGAGCUGUGGAGUGCCCGUCCAGCCUGGUAAACCUCCUCAGAAGAGGAACGUCACCACGGCUUUACCCGCCUGUGCCGACACCUUGGCACCACCCAUCAAGCAGAAGGCCAGGUUUAAGAUCAAAGAUGCCAAGUGUCACCUGAAGCCCCGCAACAAGGAGAAACACCGAGAUGUAUCCAAGCAGAACAUCCAAGGAGGUCAGUUCCCCUGCACCGAUGACUGCCAGGUAACUUUUGUCAACCUCAAGUGUGACUCGUCUAAGAAGCGCCGGCGAGGACGCAAAUCUCCUUCAAAGGAGGUUUCACACAUUACCGCUGAAUUUGAGAUGGAGAUGAAGGAGGAAGAUGCCUCAGAGUCGUGUAACGUGGACUGUGUGCGAGAGAGAAUGAAGCAGAGGCUGCAGAGUGCCAUGAGGACACUCAGAAAGUCCAUCACCAAACAGCAGUUCUACAUCCAGUUCUCUGGGACAGAAUAUGAAGUGGCCCAGAAGCCACCUAAGGCGGCAGAGGGUGCAGAGACCUGCAGCACAGGACAAGUCCUCAGAGAUGGAAAGUGUGUGAGCUGUGGUGUGGGGACAUUUUAUAGUGGGGAGCAAGAGCAGUGUGUCCAGUGUCCCCCUGGUACAUACCAGGACACGGUGGGACAACUUUCCUGUGAGCCAUGUCCCAGUACUGAAGGACAGGGAAUCGCUGGUGCCAAGAAUGUGUCCCAGUGUGGAGGUCAGUGUCCAGUUGGUCACUUUUCUGAUGACGGGUUCCGCCCAUGCCAGCCCUGCGCGCUGGGCUUCUACCAGCCAGAACCGGGCCGCGUUCUGUGCUUCCCCUGUGGAGGAGGCCUCAUGACCAAGUAUGAAGGAUCUGUGUCCUUCAGGGACUGUGAGGCCAAAGUGCACUGUGCUCCCGGGCAUUACUACAACUCCAGUACCCACCGCUGCAUCCGGUGCCCAGCAGGCACCUACCAGUCAGAAUCCAGCCAGAACUACUGCAUCACUUGCCCGGGUAACACCACCACUGACUUCGAUGGUGCUACCAACGUCUCCCAGUGCAAAAACCAGGUGUGCGGAGGGGAGCUGGGAGAGUAUACAGGCUACAUUGAGUCUCCCAACUACCCUGGAGAUUACCCAUCCAACGUGGACUGUGUGUGGAUGAUAAAUCCACCACACAAGAGACGCAUCCUCAUUGUGGUGCCAGAGAUUUUCCUCCCCAUUGAGGAUGAAUGUGGAGAUGUGCUGGUCAUGAGGAAGAGCGCCCAUCCCACCUCUAUCACCACUUACGAGACGUGUCAGACCUACGAGCGACCCAUCGCCUUCACCUCCCGCUCCCGUAAGCUCUGGAUCCAGUUCAAGUCCAACGAGGGGAACAGCGGCAAAGGCUUCCAAGUUCCAUAUGUCACCUACGACGAGGACUACCAGCAGCUGAUAGAAGACAUAGUGCGGGAUGGCAGGCUAUACGCCUCUGAGAAUCACCAGGAGAUUCUCAAGGACAAGAAGCUGAUAAAAGCCCUAUUUGAUGUGCUGGCCCACCCCCAGAACUAUUUCAAGUACACAGCAGCAGAGUCCAAAGAGAUGUUCCCUCGUUCUUUCAUCAAGCUGCUGCGCUCCAAAGUCUCCAGGUUCCUACGACCAUACAAAUAGACAGGCCCCUCCACGGUCCUGAUCAACAACCCUGACAUCCUGCAUCAUUCCAAAUCCAGCAAACUAAAUGUAACCCGAACCCCAUCCCACUUCUGCCCUGCCUCUGUCUAUUCAUCCAUGUAUAUUUGAGCUUUCUAACUUGUAAGACAUCACUAACAAUGGAGCUUUCUGUACAAGGUUUGACCGAUAGAGGUUUUUGAAGGCCAGUAUUUAUAUUUUUAUACUGUAUAUUGUAUUGAUAUAUUCUUUCUUAAAUUUGGAGAUUUUGCACUGAACUGUUAAUUACGACAGGUAUGCUAUUUGAGUAAGGGUUUAUCUGGCAGUAACAAUGAAUACAUAUUUUUCAGUAGAAACAGUACAGUAACUAUGAUAAUUUACUAAUUUAGUAAAAUCAUCUGGCAAAUAUUUCCUUUCUCUGAAUGUUUUAUAGAAUGUAUAUAAAGUGGUAAUCAAGAGGAGGAUGUGCAGCGAAACAGCAGUGUCUCAACCUGUAGGUUAUGGUACAUACCACAUGUCAGUUUGUUUCAUCUGCAGGAGAGCCCCAUGCCCGCCGCCAAAACAAGAAACAUUAUGCGCAGCUAUGUGGCAAAAAGACGACUCGGUCUAUCGACUAGUCUUUAGUAGUCUGUCAGCGCUAGGCUAACCAGCCGUAAUCCAUUCCUCCACUGCAUUCUACUUACAACAUGGACGUUUUCCGUCUUUGUACUGUUUUAUAGUCUAGCUGAUCAGGAGUGAAAAGACCUGUAACUGUAAGUCUCUCGUCAAGAGUCAGACUAAAGCCCGAAUGCAGAAGCCUGUGCAGAUGCAAGGGUGUUUAUUCCCUGCCAGACUACUUCAAAUACAAUAGGUUAUGAGAACAUAACCAACACAGGCAAACAUGUUGCCUACUCCAGCUUUAACAAAACCUCAUCUUCUCAUCCAACUCUCAAAAAGAAAGCAAAUCUAUCAACAUGUAGCUGUUGUUUAAAACAUGCAUAUUAAUAAACUCUAAAGUCAUCUAAAAGUCUGAAUGCUAUUACACAGCAGCACUUAAUAAAAGGCCAGUAUCAGCUAACCAAUAUAUCGGUCAAACUCUGUUUCUUCUUUUCUCCCAGUCAUUUCCCAUUUUUUGCACAUUCUCUAACAACUGUAUUCUACAGUCUUCCUAUUUGCUUUCUGUGUUGUUAUGUCCUUUUUUAAUAUUUAUACUGAACAUUUUGGAACUUGCAGAGGGACGUGCAGACGUUUUAAAAUUGACCUGCGAACAAGCGUGUGGACAUACACAGGUGCACACGCAGGGUACAGCCUGAACUGGAUUUCUUUAUUGGCCCUGUCGUGUACAAGACAGAGAUGAGAAAUUAAUCGGUGCACUUAAAACAGAAAUGUUAAAGUGGGGACAUCUAAAUCCACUUCAGUGGAUGCUUUAUCCAUUGGGGAAAGAUUAAAUUGGGCAAAUUGCAAAAUCUACAUUGUAAUUUUGAGAUGAGAUAAAACUACCUGCAAGUAACAAAUUGUUACGUUAUAGAGAAAUGUACGUGAUGUAACUAGUAUUUGGAACUUUAAUUGCACUUGAAUUUUAUAUUUUAAACUGUAGGGGAAAGGAUCUAAGUUACAUGUUUUGUUACCUUUUUGUGUUAUGUGCCUGGUGUGGUGGUGAUAAGAAAAAGAAGCAGCUGUGUCUCCUGAUAUUGCUUCCACUCUGUAGCUUGCAGUUACCCUCAAAUUUGUCUGAAUAACACACACACACAGAGUUAGGUAGGCUGAAGCAUCUCAAAGCCUUCGACUGUAGAAUAAACUGAAACGCAUAGAAAUACAGUGUAAGCACUGGAUUAGCCAGCCAUGCUGCCAUCGCUACAGUAUGUGUUUUCACUCCCCCAGUCCUACUUCAGCCCUCAAAUACGUUAUAUAGCUGCCAGAGAGAAGAAGUGUCUCUGUAAAAGCUUCUUGCAUGAUGGCAUUAUACAUUACAAUAUCUACAAGUUUCUAAAAUGACUUCAAACAGAUGCACACUUUUCCAUUAAAUAGGAAAUGUGAGUAUACUAUACUUUUCUUUUAUAACAAACUAAACGUUUCUGUGUCAUUCCCAUUGUUACUAAUAUGUAAACUCCUAUACCGCAUAUUGAAGAUGGACUCUAUAUCUGCACACUGAGACUGGAGUUAGAAAAGCAAGUAAGGAGUGAGUGGAGUGUUGGUCUGAAGGUGAAUGUAGUGGCGCAGUUGGAAUGAGAAGCAUCUCUUGCUCGAGUGUUUGUAGCAACUACAGCUUCACUGAACUUUAUCUGUGUGUAAUUCUGUUCAACAACAUGCAUGCUGAUGGUAAAAAUGUAAAAUCCCUUAUCAGUGCUGACGUGUUUUUAGAGACUAAUGUCCUGUUACCUGUGUCAUUCUAGUCUUUGUGCUGGGCACAAGGAAGAUAAGGGAUAGCCAGCGCUAAAUUGGAGCUCGUCACACUGACGUUCAAAUAAAUUACCACCUUGAUGGUUUUGCGACUUUUGUUCUCAAACACUGCUGAGUAUUUUUCAAAGUAGAAGAUUUCACAGCUACGAAACUUUCAGUGCACUAUGACAGUUAACUUUACUUGAUAUGAACUUGCAUGGCAUGCAAUUUGCUAGCAUGGACCAUUUUGAAACUCAGAGGACCGUUACUCAACACUUUCAGAUUUUUUAGUUUCAGUGUUCAAAUUAAACAAAUUUGCAUUGACUUCUGUGUGAAUGUCACAGAUAAAAUCCAAAGUAUUACUUGAUGCUCCCCCAGUGUCAACAGUAUUACUAGCUAACUUUAAAGCUAAGGAAAGCUAGGAUGAGCCAGCUAGUGGCUAUAUUAUUAUCAUGUGUAUGUGUCUCUGUUAGUGGGUGUGCUGCAUUAGCUGUUAGCCAGUAAAUGCCACUUGUCCUCUGAAAUUACUGGGUCAACACGUGAAGGAGCAUUCAGUAAAAUGUAGCUGUUUCAUUUUCUGGAUCCAAGUCAACGCCCGCUUUUCUUCUGCUAAGUGCUAGCUAAUGCCAGCAUUUUUCUUAACAGAUUAAUUGAAAGCCAUCUCAUGUGGCCACAUACUGUCUUUAGUAUAUAAUGUCAGUUUCAUUCAAACUCCCAGAGGUUAUUUGACACUGGCUCAUCAGUAGAAACAGCUACAGCACAGAAACCAAUUCAAUAAUCUAUUAGAAUCGAUGGUACAAACUCGUUAGUUACAUUCUUAGCUGUGCCUAUUUUUACAAAAUGACCAGCAUUUUUGAUUUAAUGUUCCAAAAACAAAUUUUCUUGAACGUACGCUACAAUACAAGAUAUUACAAAACUAUGAUGAUGAAUUUUUAAAGUCUGAAAGUUGAUUUUCAUAGUGCUCUGAAAUGAAACCAGUGACCAGAAUGUAGGAAAUCAAUCAAAAGACUUUUGCUUUGAAAAACAGUAUGCAUUUUUGUGAACUACUUGCAAUUAAUGGGCUGAAGCAAAACCUGCAGUAUGGUCCUGCAUGGCACUCACCUGGGAUAAACUGGUCAAAGUUUAGGGGUUUUGUCCAGAAUUAAAAAAAAAAAAAAAAAAGUAAGGAAAAUGAAAAACUCUAUUUUUGCAUUGGCUGAGAAUCAUCCCUGUAAGACAGACACGUGGAAAUACAGUGUGUCCUCAAGGCUGUUCUCACCAAAUCAUUGUGUAAUUUCCCAAAUUAGUCAUUUUGUUAGAUAUUCAGCUCCAGGUCAGAUAUACUGCGGUACGGCCUCCUUCUUGUUUGAGGUGGGUGCUGUUCAUUAUGAGUGUUAUGGAAAAGGUUAUAUGAAAUGCUCUAAAAAUGUAUAAUUUUUUUUCUGAGAAUGUAUUCGGUUGUGAGUGGGUAUAUGAAUGUGGUUUAUGAGUGUCAACAGAACGUGUGCGCUGCGUGACUGAUUCUUUGUGUGUGAGUCUUUGUGCUGGGUGCCUGUGAUAGAAACAGAGGUUGUGUAUGUGUACUUUAGCCCAUUUUGUAGAGGAAUAAUUUUAACGUUUGUGUUAGUUGGUUGUAUCCAAAGAGAGAAACUGUAACGCAGUGGUGUGCCAUUGUUUAGUCCAUGAAACUCCAGUACUGAACAAAUUAAAUAAAAUAGUAGCAGAAACCCAA